AUGACCCAUUCCGACGCACUGCCCGCCCGGCAGACAUGGGUCGAUUCGCCGACCUCCUGCCUGUCCGCAACUGGGUCGGGGGCGGUCGGUUCGCCCAGCAAAACCCUUGCCGGAUUGCCGCCGAGGUGCUCCCGUGGUGUAAGAGGGCGAGGUACUUCAAGACUACAAAUCGGGAGGAAGGCCGAAGGGCACGUGUUUAGGACCCAGGUCCUCUCAACUCCGCUCGGGCCCGAUCCGGCCGAGGGGCGUAAGCCUCUCCACGAGGCCUCCAUUGGUAAGGGAGGCGGCGCCGUGGACGACGCCCACCUAUGUACACUGUGUUUCGGAAAGCUACAUAACAUGUCACUUCAUCGCGAGUCUCUACACUCUGCACCAGCACCAUCAACCCGAUCACAAGUUCCUAUUUACCAAAUGCAUUUCUCAAACUUGACCAACCUGCUCUCAGUGAUCUUCAUGCUCCUCAUAGUGAACGCUUGCGCUGCAGGGUCCAAGACGCUCUUCGCAUGUACGAAUGGAUAUUGUGCAUUCGAGGACAGAGGAACCAUACCAAUAAACUAUGCCUUCGGCCCGGCGACCCACGCAUCGAAUCCUAGUAAAUUCUGGACAUGCGAGUACUCGAAACUUCCCUUCGGAACUCCAAAAGGCACGUGCUGCGAUUUUGCUGUGGGGGACGUCGAUUCCCGGAGUGCCGAUGAUCCGUUGAUAGUCUAUUACAAUGAUUACAUCAAAUCUGGAUGUCAUGAAGUUCCUAAUGCCUAGUAGCUGAUUUCGUAACGACCCUGAUCACAAUUAUCAUCGAAAAUUACCACCACAU